AUGGCGAUCCAAAAGAAGCAUGGCAAAGGGCGUCUCGACAAAUGGUACCGACUUGCAAAGGAAAAAGGAUAUCGCGCGAGAGCAGCUUUCAAGCUUAUCCAGAUCAACAAGAAGUAUGGCUUUCUCGAGAGAAGUAGGGUCGUCCUUGAUCUUUGCGCGGCGCCUGGUUCUUGGUUACAAGUGGCCUCGGAGUGUACUCCGCAGGGAGCUUUAUUGCUCGGAUGCGACCUCGACAAAAUCAAGCCAGUCCCGAGGGCGAUAACUUGGCAAGAUGACAUAACAACUCCUCACUGCCGCUCUGUCAUCAAACAGCACUUGAAAACAAUGAAAGUCGAUACGGUACUACAUGACGGAGCGCCCAAUGUUGGAACUGCCUGGGUUCAAGACUCGUUCAACCAAGCUGAGCUCGCUUUACAAUCCCUGCGGCUAGCUGCGGAAUUUUUGAAGGAAUCAGGGACUUUCGUGACAAAGGUGUUUAGGUCGAAGCAAUAUUUCCCCCUACUAUGGGUUUGCAAGCAGCUCUUCACUAAGGUCGAAGCUACGAAGCCUAGCUCGUCGAGAUCUGUGUCGGCGGAGAUUUUUCUCGUAUGUCAGGGAUUUAAGGCCCCGAAGAAGCUGGAUCCGCGACUGCUUGAUCCUUCAUAUGUUUUUGCGGAACUCCAGGGCCCAAAUCCAAACAACGAGGCUAAAGUCUAUAACCCCGAAGUCAAGAAGCGAAAGCGAGAUGGUUAUGAGGAAGGCGACUACACACAGUUCAAAGAGAUGGCGGCCUCGGAAUUUAUCCAAACAACAGACCCAAUCGCAAUCCUGGGAUCCUACAACAAACUCACAUUCCAGCAACCACCUAACGGUGAUGUUGCCUUGGCUGCGCUCGAUAAACUCCCUGAGACCACAGACGAAAUUCGAAACUGCUGUUCGGAUUUACGAGUGCUGGGACGAAAAGAUUUCAAACUUUUGCUCAAGUGGCGGUUAAAGAUCAGGGACAUCUUUCAACUUAAAACCCCACAGACCGCAAUGGUUGAGGAACCCGAGGAAGUGGCUGAAGUCGAGUCAAUGGAUGAGGAACUCAAGAUCCAGGAAGAACUACAAAACAUGAAGGACCGAGAAAACACUAAACGAAAACGAGAGAAGCGAAAGGAAAACGAACGAAAGCAACGCGAGGUAGUGCGCAUGCAACUCAACAUGAGUACGCCUUUCGACAUCGGUUUAGAAGAAAGCGGACCAAUUGGCGAAGGGGCAAUGUUUUCGCUCAAGAAAGUCGACAAGACAGACGCCAUGCGAAGAUUGAAUCGUGGUAAGAUGAUUGUUCCCACACAAGCGACCCAGAAGGAGGCCGACAGUGGCCUCGGCUCAUCAGGAGAGACGGACGAUGAGAGCGACCCUGAAGAAGAUCGCUUGGAGCGAGAGCUUGAGUCCAUGUACGACCAGUACAAAGAGCGCAAGGCUGAGGUUGAUGCGAAGUACCGAGCGAAAAAGGCCCGUAAGAAUUUUGGCGACGAUGAGUGGGAUGGUCUGUCAGGCGAGGAAGUGGAUGAGAAGGAUGACUCUUCGGAGCUUGAAGAGGAUGAUUUCUCUUCUGACGAAGACGAAGCCCCUACAGAGGGACUUAUCCGAGAUCUGGAUUCUUCGAAGGGCGCAAACGGCUUAUCGAAGAGAGCAACGGCCUUCUUCGAUCAAGACAUUUUCUCGGGCAUAAGCGGAAUCUUGCCCGAGCAUGAAGAUGCUGCUGAGGACAGCGCGGAUGAGGAAGUCAAUCGAGAUGCCGAAACCAUUAUGGCUCAGCAAGCAAAGAAUCGCAAAGCUGAGGCUCCUGCUAAGUCUACCAAGACCAAAGCGGCCCAAUUUGACUCUGAUGCCGAGAUGAAGGACAAUGAGGAUGGGUUCGAGGUUGUCAAGCGAAAUGACGAUGACGAUUGGGACAAGGACACCCGGCGAGCCGAUGGAAGACCUGAUAUCGACAUUAUCACUGCUGAAGCAAUGUCCCUUGCCCACAGGCUCGCCACUGGCCAAACGACGACACAUGAUGCUAUUGAUGACGGUUACAACAAGUAUGCCUUCCGCGAUCGUGAUGGUUUACCAGACUGGUUUGUGGAGGAUGAAUCACGACAUGACAAGCUUCAGAAACCCAUCAGCAAAGCUGCCGCGCAGGCAAUUAAGGAGAAGAUGCGAGCUUUCAAUGCUCGCCCCAUCAAGAAGGUGCGCGAGGCCAAGGCUCGCAAGAAGUUCAAGGCCGCACAGAAGCUUGAGAAACUCAAGAAGAAGUCAGAAUUACUGAACAAUGACGAAAAUAUGACGGAGAAAGAGAAGGCCGACAGCAUUUCGCGCCUUAUCUCGAAAGCAGCAAAGAGGCCUAAAAAGCAACAGCCUAAGCUUGUUGUUGCUCGCGGUCUUAACCGCGGUAUCAAGGGUCGUCCUAACGGCGUUAAGGGGAGGUAUAAACUGGUAGAUAGCCGCAUGAAGAAGGAAUUGCGAGCGCAGAAGAGGAUUGCGAAGAAGAAGAAGUAA